CACUAUUCCUAGGAUCCCCCUUCAAUCUGCGACCAAGAUCUCAUUAUCGGUCCCCGCGAACCUCUAGAUGGUUGCUAUUCCUGAAGUAGAUUUCUGCAGUCCCAAUGCGGCGGAACAGCUACGUCGUGCUUGUACGGACGUGGGCUUCUUCUAUCUCGUGAACCACGGCAUUCCCGAUACGCUCAAGGCUCAAGUGUACAAGGAGAUGGCUACAUUCUUCAGCCAGCCACUAGAGGAGAAGCAGAAGGUCUUGGCUAACAAAUACAUGAGAGGAUACACGCUCAUGAAUGAGGAGACGCUGGACCCGACAGUGCAGACCAGAGGCGACACCAAAGAGGGCUAUUACAUCUGUCGUCACGUUCCCCUGGACAGUGACGAGAUGAAGUUGCCUCUUCAUGGGCCCAAUGUCUUCCCCGAUAAGGCAAAGUUCCCUACGUUCCAAGAGACAAUGGAGAAGUACCAUGUAGCCAUGUGCGAGUUGGGCUUCAAUGUAGCCAAACUCUUCGCUGAAGCUGCAGGACAGAAGGGGAAGUUCGAUGGUCCAGGGAUGUUCGACAAGCCCAUGGCAGCGUUGAGACUGCUGCACUAUGCGCCAGAGAAGUCUGACGUGGACAAUGGCGUGUUUGGAGCUGGGGCUCACACAGACUAUGGACUUAUUACAUUGCUGUCCACGGAUAUGACUGGAGGACUCCAGAUCUGCCAUGAGGGCAAAUGGGUUGAUGUCCCACCCCGUGAUGACGCAUUUGUGGUCAAUAUCGGAGAUAUGGCCGAGAGAUUCACCAAUGGAAUCUUCAAGUCCACUCUACAUCGGGUGGUGAAUGCAUCGGGUAAAGAGCGAUACUCCGUUCCGUUCUUUUAUGAACCCAACUUCACGUGUCAAGUCGAGUGCUUCCCGAACUGUGUGAGUGAAGAGAAUCCGCCCAAAUACCCACCAACGACCAGUGGUCAACACCUCGUGGACAUGUACAAGCAAACGCAUGCUUCAUUCGAGAAAUCGACCCCCACUACCGACCAGCAAGUCUAAAUGGAAAGUGUGAAAAUCAAAUGUUUUAGCACCAUUCGUAAAAAAAAAGAAUAAAAUAAAAAAAUGUUUCUUUUAUCUUAGCGUGA